CCUGCCUGCCUAUUUGACAUUCUGCAUUGGGGUUCAGCUCUCUGCGUCAGCGAUGCCGCACUUUUCUUGACAGAGGCAUUUUAGUCUUCACAUGCAUCAUUACAUGGAGUUGUCAUCCCAAAGUUGUGGAAAUUUGAGGCAGGUUUUUCAUAUUUUUUUUUUUUCAAUUUGGAGCAGUUUUUUUUAAUACACAGGCUGUCAUCACUAGCUUUGAUCAUGAGCAGAAACCAGCCUUUACAAGAGCUAAUCUCAGGACCUGAUGUAGGUGCAGAUUUUGCCCUGGAGAAGGAGGAGCCUUACUUUGAUAGAAAGAAAAAAGUCAGCUGUAGUAAGGACAAGGGGAUGAAGAGGAGAGGAGUUAAAUCAGCUCUUCAGAGAGGUUUGGUCACAAAGUUGCCAAGGCUUACCAGCCUGUCCACAUUCUUGUUCUCUGAUGAUGGAGACUGAACUCUGCUUUCCACAGCUCUUCAACACCUCUUGUAGGAAGCCAAAACGCCCGCACACUGAGGCUGUACUUAUUUACACACUGCUGGCCUUCAUUUCUCUGCUCACUGCGACUCUCAACCUGCUGGUUGUCAUCUCCAUCACCCAUUUCAAGCAGCUCCACACUCCUACCAACUUCCUCAUCCUCUCCUUGGCAGUCUCAGAUUUCUUCAUGGGCCUCCUGAUGUCCUUUCAGAUUCUCCUCACAGAUGGCUGCUGGGUUCUUGGUGACCGCAUGUGUGCUUUGUUUUGCAUUUUAGAUUUCAUUAGCACUUCUUCCUCAGUAGGAACCAUGGUCCUCAUAUCAGUUGACCGCUAUGUAGCUAUUUGUGACCCUCUUCAUUACUUCACCAAAAUUACUGUGAGAGAAGCAACAAUCUGUAUUUGUCUUUGUUGGGUCUGCUCUGUUCUAUACAACGGUCUCAUAAUGAAGGAGAACUUGAAACAACCAGGCAGGUAUAAUUCCUGCACUGGAGAGUGUGUGGUUGUCAUUAACUACAUUGCAGGUGUUGCUGACCUUAUUUUGACUUUUAUUGGUCCUGUCACUGUCAUCAUAGUUCUGUAUAUGAGAGUAUUUGUUGUGGCUGUGUUUCAGGCUCGUGCCAUGAGGUCUCACAUUACAGCUGUCACACUAUCAGAGACUGUGCCUGCUAGGAAAUCAGAGAUGAAAGCAGCGAGGACUCUUGGCAUCAUUGUUAUUGUGUUUCUGACAUGCCUUUGCCCAUAUUACUGUUCCUCUCUUGUAGGCCAGAACACGUUGUUUAGCAUUACAUCUGUGCCCUUAGAAACCUGGCUCUUCUAUAUUAACUCUUGUUUAAACCCAUUAAUCUAUGCUUUCUGCUAUCCUUGGUUUAGAAAAUCUAUUACACUCAUUGUAACAUUUAAGAUACUCCAGCCUGAGUCUUGUGAGGUCAACAUAUUGUAG